CCGUGCGCCCGACCUCGUUUUCGGCCCGAGGGCAGCGCUUUUCCCAGGCCGCCCCUGGCGCGCUCUCCGGCUCGUGCCCCCGCGGCGGCGCGGCCCUGGCGCGGCGCCGGGCCCCGCGCGCCCCGCGGCCAUGUCCUCGAUGCUGGGCAACCUCUUCAGCUCCACGUGCACGGUCGACGUGACUUUCGAUGCGGAGCAGAAUCGGAAGACCGCCCCUAUUGGCAAGGACAAGUCAGGCAGACACUGCGUCAUCGAAUUGAUUGUUGCAGCUCCGCUCUGGUGCCAGAUGUUUCUUCGAAAGUAUCGUGCCCUUUUUCGUCUCGCCUUGUACCUUGGUGCGCUGCUCGUUCAUAGUGAAGCCAGUCCCGUCAACCAGCCAUGUCUUCAUCAUCGUGUGGUCUCCCCAUCUCUGGACCCUCACUGCUUCGCAUCGUCGCGCCAAGGCGAGCGGGCAUACAUCUACACGGAUGGCGAGGACGUGGCUGGCGUGGCGGUGGUGAGCGUGCGGCCGGGCAAGAAGGUGGAGCACCAGGGCAUCCAGGUGCAGCUCGUGGGGCAGGUGGACAUGAUCCACGACAAGGCCAACAAUUACGAUUUCUUCUCGAUCACCAAGGAUUUAGAGCCCCCUGGCAUCUUGUACGAGUCGAAGCAGUACAAGUGGAAGUUCGGGUCCGUCGACAAGACCGACGAGACCUACAGCGGCAUCAACGUGCGGCUGCGAUACUUCGUGCGCCUCUGCGUGGUCCGCAACUACGCGACGAACAUAACCAAAGAGAUUGACAUGGUGGUUCAGAACCUCUACCCGCAGCCUGAGCUCAACAACACGCUCAAGAUGGAGGUCGGAAUCGAGGAUUGUUUGCACAUAGAGUUCGAGUACGACAAGGCCAAGUAUCACCUCAAGGACGUCGUUGUUGGGAAGGUCUACUUCCUGCUCGUGCGGAUCAAGAUCAAACACAUGGAGCUCAACAUCGUCCGCCGCGAGGCCACAGGCGCGUCGGGUGGCCAGCAGCAGACGGACAACGAGACGCUCACGAAGUUCGAGAUCAUGGACGGGGCGCCUGUCAAGGACCAGUGCAUCCCCGUGAGGUUAUACAUGAACGGAUUCGACUUGACACCCACGUACAAGAAUGUGCAAAACAAGUUCUCAGUGAAGUAUUUCUUGAACCUGGUUCUCGUUGACGAGGAGGACCGGAGAUAUUUCAAGCAGCAGGAGAUCUUCAUGUACCGGAAGAAGAUCUCGUGAUGGUUCCGUAUAGUAGUCGAUUCAAUUGUCUUCUUUUUAGUAUUGUCUCAGUCGGUUGCCCAGGCCCCUUGUAUCCUUCUGCGCCGCAUCAGUUGCGUCGCCUGUGAACCCGUUUAUUCUUGGCAUAUCCGCACAAAUGUCGGUAGCGUAUUUGUUUGCUGGAGCCAAGAUUACAGAGCGCACCUUCGGAGAAAUGUGCGACAACGGGAGACGCAGCAAAGAGGCUCCACCGCUGACCUCCAUCGUGAACUCUCUCCUGUCCGCUCCCAGUGUCUUGACAGGUGAUCCCACCACGCCAGCCCUCCCACCCCCUGGGACGCUCGCUCCGUGGGGCAAUUCGAGUGGUUGACCUCUCUGCUUACUCGUCACACAGGUUUGUCAGUGUUGCUAGUCUCAGCGAGUGCGUUCCGCUACUCGCAAAGUGCCUACUCGCUAACGCCCGAGAACCAUUUGUUUGCUUCGACGAACUUUAUCGUAGAUCCUACGCGCCGGAUCCAGGCCAUUUGCGAGUAUGGGGCCGGCGGACUUUGCGAAUAGUGGAACGCGCUCGUCCAUAGACUGAGACGGCGUGCGUCCGAUACGUGGA